AUGACUUACACUGCACAGAAGUGUGGCAUCUGCUUUCAGCCUCCUUCCAUUGUCCUGAUCUACAAAGAAGACAGCAAGGAUAAGACUCGCCAGCGCAUCAUGCCUGUCAGAAAUUUCUCCAAGUUCUCAGACUGCAGCAUGGCUGCUGAGCAGCUGAAGAAUAACCCUCGGCACAAGGCUUACCUGGAAGGAGUCUCACUGCGUCAGCUACGGAAGCUGCACAGUUUGCUGAAGGGCCACUUGGGAGGGGAGAGCCUGGCUGAGAGCUUGGAAAAGUUUCGGCAGGAAGAGACCAUUGACCCAGAAGAGGACAUGAACAAACUAGAUGACAAGGAACUAGCCAAACGGAAGAGCAUCAUGGAUGAGCUCUUUGAAAAGAACAGGAAGAAGAAGGAUGACCCAGAGUUCAUCUAUGACAUUGAAGUUGAUUUUCCGCAGGAUGAGCAGCUGGAGUCUUGUGGCUGGGACAUAGAGUCAGGUGAAGAAAUCUGA